GAAGCCGUCGUUCUGGGCCGGAAGUAGUGCUGACUUGGUCCACGUGAGCGGCAGCAUGGCCGCCCACCGCUCAGGUCCGCUCAAGCAACAGAAUAAAGCUCAUAAAGGCGGACGGCACCGGGGACGGGGAUCCGCGCAGCGGGACGGCAAGGGCCGUCUAGCACUGAAAAGCCUAAGCAAGAAGGUGAGAAAGGAGCUCAGCAGAGUAGACCAGAGGCAUCGCGCCAGCCAGCUUCGGAAGCAGAAGAAAGAGGCGGUUCUGGCAGAGAAGAGGCAGCUGGGCAGUAAAGAUGGCCCUCCUCAUCAGGUACUGGUGGUGCCCCUGCACGACAGGAUUUCCCUGCCAGAGGCCUUUCGGCUGCUUCAGGACAGGGACGCUGGAACAGUACACUUGAAUGAAUGGGGAAGCACCCACAGCUUUAUGCUGCUCUGCCCCAGCUUGAAACAUCGGUGGUUUUUCACAUCUGCAAGGCCAGGAGAUCUGCACACUGUGCUCGACUUGGCUAAAGUGGCUGAUAGCAUGCUGUUCCUCCUCGACCCCCUAGAAGGCUGGGACAGCACCGGGGAUUACUGCCUUUCCUGCCUCUUUGCUCAGGGCCUUCCCACCUAUACACUAGCUGUCCAGGGGAUUUCUGCCCUCCCACCGAAGAAACAAGUAGAUGCCAGAAAGAAGCUAAGUAAAGUAGUGGAGAAGCGCUUUCCUGAUGACAAGCUCCUUUUGUUAGACACGCAGCAGGAGGCAGGGAUGCUGCUCCGGCAGUUGGCUAACCAGAAGCAGCGGCAUCUUGCCUUUCGAGAUCGGCGGGCCUAUCUUUUUGCUCAUGAUGCUGACUUUGUGCCUAAUGAAGAGAAUAACCUGGUGGGGACCUUGAAAAUUUCAGGCUAUGUUCGUGGACAGACUCUGAAUGUAAAUAGUUUGUUGCACAUCAUUGGACAUGGUGACUUCCAGAUGAAACAGAUAGAUGCUCCUAUGGACCCUUUUCCUUUAAACCCUAGAGUGAUCAAAUCCCAAAAGGACUCGGGCAUGGCGAUGGAGAUUUGUGCUACAGAUGCUGUAACUGACAUGGAGGAAGACCUUAAGGUCCUGAUGAAGGCAGACCCUGAUAGACAAGAAUCUUUGCAAACAGAGGUUAUACCUGAUCCAAUGGAGGGGGAGCAAACCUGGCCCACUGAGGAGGAACUGAGUGAGGCAAAUGACUUUUUGAAGGAAAGUUCCAAGGUGGUAAAGAAGGUUCCUAAAGGAACAUCCAGCUACCAAGCUGAAUGGAUUUUGGAUGAGGAUGGCGAAAGUGGUGGGGAAGAUGAUGAAUGUGAUGAUGAAGAACAUGAGGAUUUUAUGGAAGAGGAAUCUCAGGAUGAGAGUAGUGAAGAGGAAGAAGAGGAGGAAUGUGAAACUAUGACUAUUGGAGAGUCUGUGCGUGAUGAUCUAUAUGAUGAGAAAGUGGAUGAAGAGGCUGAGGAAAAAAUGCUAGAAAAAUAUAAACAAGAAAGACUGGAAGAGAUGUUUCCAGAUGAAGUAGAUACGCCCCGUGAUGUGGCUGCUAGAAUUCGAUUUCAGAGAUACAGAGGCCUCAAGAGCUUCCGGACAUCUCCAUGGGAUCCUAAGGAAAAUCUUCCUCAAGAUUAUGCUCGGAUCUUUCAGUUUCAGAACUUUACCAAUACAAGGAAACGCAUCUUUAAAGAAAUCAAGGAAAAAGAUGUUGAAGGAGCUGAGGUUGGCUGGUACGUCACCCUUCAUGUCUCUGAAGUACCUGUCUCUGUGGUUGAGUAUUUCAAGCGCGGGGCACCCUUGGCCGCGUUUUCUUUGCUGCCUCAUGAGCAGAAGAUGUCAGUGCUGAACAUGGUGGUAAGCCGGCAUCCUGGCAACACUGAACCUGUGAAAGCCAAAGAGGAGCUGAUCUUCCAGUGUGGGUUCAGGCGCUUCCGAGCCUCACCUCUGUUCUCUCAGCACACUGCAGCGGAUAAACAUAAAUUUCAGAGAUUCUUGACUGCUGACAUGGCCCUGGUGGUGACAGUAUAUGCCCCAAUCACUUUUCCUCCUGCAUCUGUGCUGCUUUUCAAACAGAAUAGCAAUGGAAUGCACAGCCUCGUUGCUACCGGCCAUCUCUUAUCAGUGGAUCCAGACAGGAUGGUCAUCAAGAGAGUUGUUCUGAGUGGUCAUCCUUUCAAAAUUUUUACUAAGAUGGCAGUAGUACGUUACAUGUUCUUCAGCAGAGAGGACGUGCUGUGGUUUAAACCGGUGGAACUGAGAACAAAGUGGGGCCGCAGGGGACAUAUCAAGGAGCCUUUAGGUACUCAUGGCCAUAUGAAGUGCAGUUUUGAUGGGAAGCUAAAAUCUCAGGACACAGUACUGAUGAACCUCUAUAAACGAGUUUUCCCCAAAUGGACUUAUGACCCAUAUGUACCAGAACCAGUACCUUGGGUGAAAAGUGAAAUUUCAACAGUGCCAGAAAUGGACAUGAAGUAAUGGAUACAAUGGGAUUCUGUCUCCUUGCUACUAGCUUAGCACCCUAGGGAUGGGAACCUACAGGUUGUGAUUGGGCAGAGUUUGUGUUACCUAUUUUAGCCUGCAAGCCUGCUGUCCCUUUUUGCAAAAGAUUUUUCUUGGCCUUGACAAGGUGUCUCAGUUAAGUGGAUGUUUUUUCUAUUGCUACUUUAUAAAAAAAAACAACCUUAAAUCUUAUUGAUAAUCUACCCUCCAUUAGGAUGUUGAAAGCUGUUUAAGUAGGUGAGAAGUGGGAAGUUAACAUUGACUAAGAAACAAAAUUUCCAAGUGUCUAGAAAAACUGAAUCACAUUUCUUCCUUAUGCAUAAAUUAAA